CCAAUCUCCACUCUCCGUGGCUCUCUCGCUUCCACCGGCGACGGCACCAGCUGCAGCCUGAAGAAAGAGGAUGGACCCCACGCGCCGGCGCCGUCAGCGACCUGCUCCGGACGCUCCCCUGCCACCAGGCACACCCAACGAUACCGGUGCUAAUCCAGUGUAUAAUCUUGAUGAACCCACCAUGGAGGAAAAGCUGGCCACGCUCAAGGGAGGCGCCGGAAGAGCAGGUGGCGCCGACGAGGAGCCGCCACUCCCCGUGCUGCUGCCGCCCAGCGCGGACUCGGUCCACGUCUUGCUCAAGCAGGCUCUGCGGGCUGAUGACCAUGCGUCCUUGCUGAGCUGCUUGUACAACAAAGACCACAAGGUCAUUGUUAAUUCGAUAUCACUUCUUACACCAGCAGACGCUCUGAAGCUUCUCAAGUUCUUCGUAUUACUUGUGCAAUCGAGAGGGGCAGUACUGGUUUGUUUGCUCCCAUGGCUGCAAAAUUUGCUCAGUAAACACAUGAGCAGCAUAGUUUCUCAGGAGUCUUCUCUGCUUCUGCUCAACUCACUAUAUCAACUAAUUGACGCAAGAACAUCAACCUUCAAAUCUUCACUACAGUUGUCUACUUCACUAGAUUGUCUGUUCAGUGAGAUUGUUGAUGAUGAAUCCGAGGAGGAAGAGGGCUCUCCACUGAUAAUUUACGAAGAUAAAGAUACCGAUGAUGAAGAGUCUGAAGUUGAUGAUAUGGAAAUCAAUGGGGAGAGUGACGGUUUGUGUGGUGUUACCGAUGCUUCUGAGCAUUCAGAUGGAAGUGAGGUCAUGAGCGAUUGAUGAAUUGAUAACUGAUGAGCUCUUGAUCUUCCUGGUUACUUUGGAGUUAUCAUGAUGUAGAAGAGUCAUUAGGAUCGUUUGUGAACUCCUUUCACUUCGAUUAUUCUGAUGAGUUGAGAGUUACUUGUGAGAGUGGGUAAAUUAGCCUUGCAUACACCUGUGAAGCACACAAAACUCGUCACCAUCUUUCUUGUUUUUGAUAUGUACCAUCUAGAUCUGAGUUUUUACAGUAAAAGGGUGCAGCACAGACACUUUUAACGAAAGAAAGGUUCAAUUGGUUGAGUGUGGA